GACUGCAGACACAGUACAGGAGAUGACCAGAGACUGCGAACACAGUAUAGGAGAUGACCAGAGACUGCGGACAUAGUACAGGAGAUGACCAGAGACUGCGGACAUAGUAGAGGAGAUGACCAGAGACUGCGGACAUAGUAAAGGAGAUGACCAGAGACUGCAGACAGUACAGGGGAUGACCAAGAGACUGCAGACAGUACAGAAGAUGACCAAGAGACUGCAGACAGUACAGAAGAUGACCAAGAGACUCCAGACAGUACAGAAGAUGACCAAGAGACUGCAGACA